CUCGUACUUGGUCGUUCAUCACAAGUUGUUACGUCGAUCGACGACGCAGCGUUCUGGAGUAACGUCGCCCCUCCCCCUCCGCACUCUCACUAGAUGGCCACCAUUUUGGGAGUCAAAAACACCCACCACAACUACCAGCUGCAGCUAGCGCGCUAGGCUAGGCUAGCCGAGCUUCACGCUCUCCUCCGGUGGCCUGGCUAUGGUUCACACAUGUGUGGUGGCCGGCUGUAGGAACCGCAGAACGCCUGGCACCGGACUGUCCUUCUACCGCUUCCCGCGGGACCCCGAGAGGAAGCAACUGUGGAUAGCGGCCGUUAACCGCCAGGGCUGGGCACCCAACGACGGCAGCCGGUUGUGCAGCACUCAUUUUAUCUCCGGUAAACAAGUGAAGAAUCCUCGUUCACCGGACUAUGUUCCUUCCGUGUUCACGCCCAUUUCCCCUGAGAUGAAGGAGCCUAGUCGACCCGAGGUACCCGACAAGCAGGAAGCCCGUGUGGAAGCAGCCAAUGCACUGCUCUUCCUGCAGCGCCAGGGCGGAUCCGGACUAGAAGAGCCUGGUCCGAUGGAUGCCAACAUCGAGGGCAGCGUGUCGUCAUUAACAGAUGAUGACGACGACAAUGAUGACGAGUCUCUGAAUGAAGACAGGGAUGAAACGCUUGCACAAUCUUCCGUCAACUUUGACGAUGUCGUCAAAGCACUCAGGCGGGAGAAUCGAGCGUUGCGCGACUCGGUGGAGAAGAUGUCCCUCUCGGAGAACUCCCUUAGGAACGAUGCCGAGAAGGUCAAGUUCUACACGGGGCUGCCCAACUUCUUUGUGCUGGAGACGGUCAUGCUCCUGCUGGCACCGCACAUGGACGCUAUUAGGAACGCCAAGCUGUCCAAGUUUCAACAGCUUUUGCUCACGCUCAUGCGUCUGCGCCUGGACCUGCGCAACCAGGACCUGGCCUAUCGCUUCGGCGUCAGAGUGGGCACGGUGGUCCGGACUGUGCAUCACGUGGUCAGCAUCAUGUCUUCCACCCUGGUCCCCACCGCCGUCUUCUGGCCUUCUCGAGCCGAGCUGCGGAAGAACCUCCCGGCGGCCCUGCGCUCCUCCUGCCCGGACUGUGCCGUCAUUGUGGACUGCUUCACCGUGCCCUGCGAGGGACCGGUCGCCCGGGGCAACGAGCAGGGUGCGACGGCAGCUUGCAACAUCUUGAACUAUCUGAUUGGCGUGGCCCCGCAGGGCGUGGUCACCUUCGUUUCCAGGGGCGUCCUGGGAAACUUCAGUCCUCGGAACCUGGCGGAGAGUUCGGGAUUUCUGUCUAAGCUGCUCCCGGGUGACGUGGUUUUAGCCAGCCGGGAUCUGGACAUCGCCGAUGCCGUGGCUGCUCGCGGGGCUCGCUUUGGCAUCGCCGGUUGCUUUCAAGAUGAUCAGAGUCGGAGGGUUGAGGGUUCGCCUCCUGACACUAUAGGUGUGCAGGCUCACGUGGAGAGGGUGGUGUCCAUGGUUAGGCGGAGGUACACCAUGCUCACCGGCCCUGUGGAGAGGCCGUUCACCACGGCUGCAGAGCGCACCUCCAACCUUUCGACUUUUGACAAGAUUGUGCAAGUAGCUUGUGCCUUAAACAACUUGUGUAUCUCGGCUGCACCUCUGGAGUGAGCCUGUUCAUUCCUGGAAAUUCUCCACUGAAACUUUGUUCGGCACAAUCUCAACACCCUUUAGUCUGUUGUAAUUAAAGUUUCGUUCCUGGA